AAUUUUGAUAUCGGUUCAACAACAUAUCUUCAGUAGAGAUACAGAGAAAAGAGAAGAAAUAGCAGACGAAAAGAGUGAAAGAGAGAUUGAGAAAGAGACGAUCCAAGAGAAAGUCGACCACUGUGGUUUUCCGAGGUGGCGACGGCAAACACAGAAGAAGAAACGCGGGGCACGAGGCUCCCUUAUUUUCUAUCGUCAUUGUUAUCGACCAUUGGAGGAGUAUUUGGUCAGGUUCAAGAUUCAGAGAUGGCAUCGAGACCUAUUGUCCCUCUGCAGCAGAGAGGUGGGGCGGUUGUUGGGGUAGGGAAGCAGAAGAACAUUGCCGCAGAGGGAAAGAACCGGCGAGCACUUGAAGAUGUUAGCAACUUGGCAGUUACAAGUAUUCAAGAAAUCUCUCGCCCUGUAACAAGAAAUUUCUGUGCACAAUUACUAGCUAAUGCACAGGCCGCAGCACAGAAUAAUAAGAAGCCAGCCACAGUUAUUGUUGAUGGGGUAGUGAUUGUUGAUGGUGUUGUGGGGGAAAAGGGAGGUGGAGCAGGAAAGGCAGCUCAAAAGAAAGUCACUGUGAAGCCAAUACCUGAUACAGUAAUUGAAAUUAGCCCGGAUACAGAAGAGGAGACCAAAAAGAAGAAGCCGGUGGUAAACCAGAGAAAAUUGAGAGAAGGGUCAUCAGGGAAGAAAGUGAAGACCCUCACAGCAACCCUAACUGCUCGGAGCAAGGUUGCUUGUGGUUUAACUAAUAAACCCAAGGAGUCAGUUCCAGACAUUGAUGCAGCAGAUGUUGAUGAUGAGUUAUCAGUUGUUGAGUAUGUAGAAGACAUUUACCAGUUUUACAAGAUCAUGGAGCAUGAAAGUGGAGUUCAGGAUUACAUGCAUUCCCAGCCUGACUUAAAUCACAAGAUGAGGGAGAUUCUUGCAGAUUGGUUGAUAGAAGUUCAUCACAAGUUUAAACUGAUGCCUGAAACACUAUAUCUUUCCCUUUACCUUGUGGAUCGUUUCCUUUCCAUGAAGACUGUCCCAAGGCGGGAGUUGCAGCUGGUGGGCAUAAGUGCCAUGCUCAUUGCAAGCAAAUAUGAAGAGAUUUGGGCUCCUGAGGUUGAUGAAUUUAUUACCAUUUCAAACAAGGCUUAUACUCGAGAACAGAUUUUGGUGAUGGAGAAAACAAUUUUGGGCAGGCUUGAAUGGAGUUUGACAGUUCCUACACCUUAUGUCUUCCUGGUCCGUUUUAUCAAAGCUUCUGGGCCUGAUCAGGAGAUGGAAAACUUUGUCUUCUUUCUUGCUGAGCUUGGUCUGAUGAGCUAUGCAACAACCAUAAUGUAUUGCCCAUCAAUGGUAGCAGCUUCAGCAGUCUAUGCUGCUAGAUGCACACUCAAUAAGACACCUCUCUGGACUGACACUCUUAAAUUCCAUACUGGUUAUGUAGAAGCACAACUUAUGGAUUGUGCAAAACUAUUAGUUAACUUCCACUCAUUCGCAGCAGAGAGCAAGCUGAAAGGGAUUUACAAGAAAUAUUCAAGUCCAGAACGCGGUGCUGUUGCUCUGCAUCCUGCAGCCAAGAAUCUCUUGGAUCAUUUCCUCCCUAGUCUUUCCAAAAUAUGUCUUGAUUAAAAAUCACAAUCUUUUCUCUGAUACGAUUUCUGUCCUACAAAGAUGUCCCUUUGUAACCACAAUC